AUGAAUAACGAAACUGUUAAAGUGCUCGUCACUGGCUCAGCUAACGGAAAACUAACUGAGCUCUUUUCUGGAGUUGCAAAGUUCAAUGAAAAAUGGGGUCCUUUUGAUUUGCUGUUAUGCGUCGGCGAUCUAUUUGGCGAAAAUACAGGCGAAAUAAACUGUCUCUUAUCAGAUGAAAUAAAAAUUCCAAUAACAACAUGUUUUAUGCAUGGCAAAUAUGAGUUACCAGAUAUCGUAAAAGAACGUGUAGAAAAUAAUAAUGGAGAGUUUUGUCAGAAUCUUCUCUACCUUGGCAAUCAAGGUAGCAUAACCACAACACAUGGUAUAAAAAUCGCAUUUGUUAGCGGUAUCCUAAAUUCUUCAAUAGACAAAAUUCCUACACAAGUUGAUAUACUUCUUACAUAUGAAUGGCCGAAAGACAUCACUCGUUUAUCUUCGCAGGAGAUUCGUGAUGUAUCAGGAUCAAACGAAGUGGCACAGUUGGCUGCAAAAUUCAAACCGAGAUAUCAUUUUGCCACAUCGGAAAACGUUUUCUUUAAGAGGGAGCCUUAUCAGAAUACACCGUCAAAUUUUACCGCAGAGGAUGAUGAUACAAAACUAAACAUAGGGAUUCCUACUUGGUUUGUAGGAUUGGCAGAAGUUGGUAACCCAAACAAGGAGAAGUGGUAUUAUGGAUUCAAUCUCGUACCAUUAAUGCGUAUGCCACAAUCCGCACCUCUGAGUUAUCCAAAAGAUAUGACUGAGUGUCCUUUUAAUAUACAAGGCCAAAAAAGAAAAUUAGACGAUACGCAGAAGGAUAAUUAUUUCUGGUCUACUGGCGAUUCAUCUGAAUCAACGGCCAAACGCGGUCGCCUAGAUGGUAGUACGCCACCAGAUAAUUAUAUAUGCAAUAAAUGUAAUCUUCCUGGUCAUUGGAUUCGUAAUUGCCCUCAAGGCAAUAAUAAUAAUCAAAAGCGUCGACAAAAUAUGAAGCCACAAAUUGCUAAGGAAUAUGUUUGUAAAUCGUGUCAAGAAGUAGGGACACAUCUUAUUUUUGAUUGUCCUAAUUACGAAUGUAGACGAUGUGGCGGAAAGGGUCAUCCUCCUAAAGAUUGUCCGUCUUCCUCACCAUCCACAUCACCUAAGAGGAAAAAUAAGACACCAGCACAGCCAUGUUGGUUUUGUUUGUCUAAUCCGAAAACAGUCAAACACUUAAUCGUAUCUAUUGGUAAUGAAUUAUAUUUAUCGUUGGCCAAAGGAAGUUUGAUUGACACUCAAGAUCCUUCCAAGUCGAUUAUACCGGGCGGUGGCCAUAUUCUAUUGAUUGCAAUCAUGCAUUAUCCUACAUUCCGAGAAGCCCCACUUGAUGAUCAAAUUAACAUGAAGGCUGAAAUGGAAAAAUAUAAAAGCUCGUUAAAAAGAUUUUUUCAAGAUUAUGGGGCAGGAAUGGUAACAUUUGAAGUAUCAUUUUUCCGUCGAACACAACAUCAUUAUCAUAUACAAAUCGUACCAAUUCCAUUCGAACAUGAUUCUGAGAAGAUUCGAGAUACAUUUCUAAAAGAAGCUGAAACUGAUGAAUUAAAAUUUCAUAAAAUUCAAGGAUCAUCAAUUAUUUUGCCUGUAAACUAUUUUAAAGUAGAUUUACCUGACGGAACUAGUUUAAUCCACGAGGUUGCUAUGAACGAGCAUUUUGAUGUUCAAUAUGGAAGAAAAGUUCUUAGCAAAUUAUUAGGAUCACCGCAACGCGUUAAUUGGAGGGAUUGUGUAAUAUCUGAUGAACUUGAAAGAGCAGAUGCCGAAAAAUUCAAAAAAGCAUUUUCGAAGUAUGAUCCUAUGGCAGAUACUGGUUACGUUACUUUAGAGUCCGAAAAUGGACGAAAUACUUUGUUUGGAUAUAUGAAAAAGGAACCUAUUCCUGCUUUAAUAUUUUAUAUUUUAAACAUGAGCGAUGGUCGGCAUUCUACUUCUGAGUCGCUUCAGCCUUCAGUAGACACUACAGCCGAGGAAUUAUCUGAAAACUAUCAAAAACUAUUUUCGGAAUUCUCUCGCCCAGCACUCUGUCUUGAAGCAAGCAAUCCUCAAGGUUUAAUCGCAGCUCAAGAAAUUUGUUUGCAACAGAAAAAUCAAAUAAAUGUAUCAUUAAGAGAUGAAUGUAAAGCCAGAGAACAGGAAUUGCGUACAUCACUCCAACAACUCGAUCUUUUAACCUUUCACAACCAACGUUUAACCAAACGUAUUGAAAACCUACAAGAAUCGAGUGCUGCGAAAUCGUCUCCGGGUUGGUUAGUUGGUUCAGCUAAAAAAGAGCUAGAGAAAACAAAAAUUCUUUUGGAAGCUGCGAAUGUAGAUUUGACAAAGGAAAUUGAAAAUAAUGAAAUAUUACACGAGGAACUUUAUGAGGCCAAGAGUUUAUACACACAACGUUCGAAUGCUCUUGAAUCCAAGAUUUCAGGAUUAAAAAAAAAGGUUGAAGAGCUCAAGAUUGAAUUAACAAGAUCACAACUUGCUAGUGAAGAUGCUUUGAAUACAUUACAUUAUGAAAAGCGCGAGCUUGAUAAUGAACUCAAACAGGCAAGAUCAGAGUUAAGCAUAAAGAAGGCACUUCUGGAGAAGAAUGAUCAUAAAUUGAAAGGAGAAGAUGAUACUUUUCGAGCUGAAAUGAUUGUACUUAGAGAUACAUUGUCCAUAAAUCUUGAGAAUUCAUUUGAACCACAGAUAGAUAAAUUUAACGAAUUGAAUGAUAAAAUUGAUAACAAAUCUAAUGAAAUUAUCGCAAGCUUUAGACAGUUGCAAUUAAAUGCAAGAAAUUACCUGAAAUCUCUUGAAGGAAAGUCGGAAUUAUCCUGCGAGUUAGGUUUGAAGGUCAAAAAUGCUAGUAAAGCAUGGCAACAAAAUUUACAAACAUUGAUAGUUAAAUUAGCAUCCAUUCAAGGCUGUAUAUCGGAAUUAACAGCAGAAAAAGAGAAACUUGUUAAAGCGAAUGAAUAUAGCUCAAAUAGGGUCGUAGCUCUGGAAACUGAAAUCACUCGAUUAAAAGAAGAAUUGAAUAGACAAAAAGAACUUGCUAAAUCUGGAAACGAUUAUGUUGAAAAUUGUGCUGCAUCUCAACAAGUAAACGUUGAAGAAGAGGAUGAUGACGAUGAAGAGCAGUUUAUAUAUCCAGUUGAUACUGGAAAACAAGAAAAUCUUGAAUCUUCAAAUAAAUCAAUUGAAAAUGCAUCACACCUCAUAGGCCUAACUAUUAUGACCGCAGAAACAACAAAAUCCGUAACUGAUGCUGACAUUAAUACAAGCCGUGAAGGUAACUUGGGUAUAGGGAAUGAAGAUGAUGCCUUACGAGAAACACUUGUCAAAAAACAUUAUGAAUCUAAAAUAAGUCAAUUAACUGAACAUUUACAAAUAGCGGAUAAAAAAUCAGUACAAUUGCAUACAACUCUGAAAGUUCUUCAAGAAAAAUUGGUUGAUUCUGAAAAUUUGAAGUUGCGUUCAGAACAAGAAAAUCUGAAAUUUCAAGAUGAAAUUUCCAAAAUGAAGGAAGAAUUGGCUGAAGUGCGUGUAAAUAAUGAUAAACAGGUUAAGGAAAUGACGGGAUGGAUUGAACAAGGGAAAAAUACGCUUAAAGAGUUGGACGACAAAUUAGCAGAAUAUGAAGCUGGAACUUCACGAAAUGAAUAA